AUGACGCUGCGCUAUACCGCCGCCAACAUCAACUCAAGACGGUCACCUCGAAGUGUGAAGAUCUUCCAGCAGCUCACCAUUGGCGGCAACUCCAUUCUCAUCUACGAUGGGGCGGUUGUUGCGGGAGACGUCUUUUCCUUUGACAUUCGUCCACUGCCUAGCAACAGCAACAACAACAGCUCGAAUCACCCCUUCUCGGUGAUCCUCUUCGUCAAUGGCAUCCGCGACUUGCGCAUCAACACCUGCUGUCCGCACAAGCAUCGCCCGGGCACCCGCCUCUCGCCGGACUUUACGCUGGUGGACGUCGUCGGCGGCCGGCCCUGCUUUGCUUGCCAGAACAGCAGCAACAGCAGCUUUUCAACGUCCUUUGAUGGUGUUGGCGACAUUCGAGGUGUUAACAGCAAGAUUUUUCUUGAUAUUAUUGACGCCCACCAGGACCAGGACGAGGACGAUCACGAUGAGACCUGGUUUGCGGUGAAGGCUGCCAUUGAGAGUGCUGAGGCUGUUUUGGCUGCUACGGAGAAGCGAAUUGAAGGGCUGCUGUUGGAUGAUGAUAAUGAUGAUGGUGGUGGUGGUGGUGGUAGUGAGCUUGGAAAGAUCAAAGACGAAAACCACAACACAACUGACGAAAAUCAGACUGAAAAUCCCUCACAAAGUCUGAGUGACGAUGGCAAUGCAGUGAUUGAGAAGAAGGAGGAGGAAUUGGUGGUGGCAGAAGAAGAGGAGAAAGAAAGUCUUCACCUUGUAGACGAGAUGGCGGAGGAGGAGGAGGAGGAGGAGGAGGAGGAGGAGAAUGCUGAAAGUGGUCAAAAUGCCGAUCACACACAAACAGAUGAAAAGUUGCAGCAGCAGUCUUCGUUCACUGCUGAAAAGAUUAAGCAGGAUGAGAUACAAUUGAAAACUGCUGAUGAUGAUAUAGAAGAGGCAGCAGCAAAGGUGACCGAUGAAGAUGAGAAAGAGGUGGACGCAGUUGAGGAGCUUAUCGAGGAAAAGGACGAUAGUGACAAUGAUAAACAGAAAGAAAACAACAGCCCAACAGAGACCACUAUGCCGGUGAUUACCAGCAAUGAUGAGGUAAUUGCUGAAGAGGAAGAGGCUGAGGAAGACGACGAUGAAGGCAGCAGCUUGACUACGACCACUUCCUCCACAAUCACCACUCUCAUUCAACUGGCCUAUAACUUGGACGAGAAAAGGGAGGAGGAGGUCAAAGAGGAAGAUGUGGGGGACAUCACUGAGGAGACGUUACCUGUGGAGAUGCAGUUGCUGCCUGAGAAUGGCCUCGAUUCGGACGAUGACAGAGAUGAUACCUUACCAACACUACCAGUACCACCUCUUUCAUCGUCCACAAAAUCGUCGACUGAGCCAUCCACUUCCUAA